ACCGCGCCGCUCUCUCCACCUUUCAAAACUCCGAGCUCUCAUUCUUCCAGUUCGAGCUCUCUAUUCCUUCCAAAUUCCGCCAAGAUGGUUGUAGCUCAGAGAGUGAAGGAAGCCGAGAUCACAGAGCAGGAUUCUUUGCUCCUGACGAGAAAUCUGCUUCGCAUCGCCAUCUUCAACAUCAGCUACAUCCGAGGCCUCUUCCCAGAGAAAUACUUCAACGAUAAAUCGGUUCCGGCCCUAGAGAUGAAGAUUAAGAAGUUGAUGCCCAUGGAUGCGGAGUCUCGGAGGUUGAUCGACUGGAUGGAGAAAGGGGUCUACGACGCGUUGCAGAAGAAGUACCUGAAGACGCUUCUCUUCUGUAUCUGCGAACACGUAGAGGGUCCGAUGAUCGAGGAAUACGUUUUUUCCUUUAGCUAUGCCAGUUCGAAUGAUAGGGAAGUAUCCAUGAAUGUGAGUCGCAAUGGAAGCAAAAAGAACAGUACGACCUUCAAAAAUAACCCAUCUGAAGUCACCCCUGAUCAAAUGAGGAGUUCUGCAUGUAAGAUGGUUCGGACCCUGGUUUCGCUCAUGAGGACUCUUGACCAAAUGCCAGAAGAGCGUACCAUUUUGAUGAAGCUACUUUAUUAUGAUGAUGUCACGCCUGAAGACUAUGAGCCUCCAUUUUUCAGAAGCUGCUCUGAAAAUGAAGGUGCUAAUAGCUGGACUAAAAGUCCACUGAAAAUGGAAGUGGGCAAUGUCAACAGCAAACACUUCGUAUUAGCACUGAAGGUCAAGAGUGUUCUUGACCCAUGCGAGGAUGAAAAUGGUAAUUUUCCUGAAGAUGAGGAAGUGAGCUUGGGAGAUGAUUCUGUACAAGAGGACGACUCUUCCUCUUCUGACAGUGAGGUCCAUCCAUCUCAUGCAGACCAGUACAUUGUAGCUCCCAUUGGUGAAAGAUGUCCGUGUGAAGAUAAUGCCAUGGUUUCUGACGAUGAAACUCAAGAUGUUGCUCAUGAAGAGGAACAGACAGCUCGAGUGAGGGAAUGGAUAAAUUCUAGACACGUCAAUAAUGUUGAUCUUGCAGACAUUCUUUCGAAUUUUCCAGACAUAUCGGUGGCGCUAACUGAAGAUAUUGUGGGGAGAUUGGUGAAAGAAGGUCUAAUUUCCAAAGCUGGAAAGGAUAGUUACACUAUCAACAAGGAAAUCAACUCCACUUGUGCUGUGAAAGAAGAGGUUGACAUGAAUGACAUCCCACACACCGAGAUAACUCCCAAGAAAGUUGAUGAGGAUUACAUGUACAUGAAGGCUCUAUAUUAUGCUCUUCCCAUGGAUUUUGUGACAGUAGCAAAACUUCAGAGCAAGCUAGAUGGGAAAGUCAACCAGAGCACUGUCCGGAAACUUAUUGACAAGAUGGCACGGGAUGGGUAUAUCAAAAAAUCCGGCAACAGAAGGUUGGGAAAACAAGUCAUUCACUCAGAGUCCAGCAACAAGAAACUACUUGAGGUCAAGAAAAUAUUGGAGAGCACACCCAUGGAGAUCGAAAUCAAUGGGCAACCUUUUGAAUUCAAUGCUGCAGAACUCCCUCCUGAGCACACUAUGAAAGAUGGGUCGACAUAUGGUGGCCUCCACUCCAUUGGAUCUGAUCUCACACGCACACGAGGGCGAUCUGAACCAUAUCAGAGUGGAUCUAUGCAGAGUGGGCAGGCUGCUCACAGGAAGGGUCAGGAGCUAGGGAACACUCCCACAAGCAAUGCUCAGCCAAUUGCUUCUCUAGAGAGCGGAGUGAAUGGUGAGAGAGGCAAACGUAGGACCUCAGGUGGUGGUGAUGGCUGCCAAUCUACCCAAGACAAACGGCUGAGGAAGGCCAGCACAGUGAGGGAGCCUAUUCUUCAGUAUCUGAAGCUCCAGAAAUUACAAGCAUAGGAGAAGGUGGAUAAACGUCAAAAGGAGCUGUGGAUAGUCCAAAGAGAUAGCUUAGAUUGUAAAUGGCCUUAGUCAUCUUUCUUCUUUCAGAAUAGAUUUUUCAAAUAUGAUAAAAGAUCUCUUUAUGAUCUAAUGCAGCCUUUAUAAAUGUUUUGUUUCAAGAAACCACGAUGAUCCUAAAAGGAAAUGCAUGCUUAUAGUCUUUCACCAGCUUUUUUUUUAACU